AUGUGUCUGGUGUGCACAUUCCAGGAUGACUUGGUCAGAGCGCGUGAAAGCGCGCUGUGGCGUUGGCAGCCUGAUGGCUGCAACCUCUUCGAUUUUCGGCCAGCGCGGUUGCAGCAAGAGCACAAUGUCAGCUCGCUGCUGGCGAAUCUGGGGCAGAGGAAGAUCAUCUUUGUGGGGGACUCGCUUGUGCUAGAGCAGUACUUGUCUCUGGAGGGUCUGCUGGGGAGUGAAAUCGUGGGCGCCAAUGAGGAGUUUGUGCACAUCAACGGGCGGCUGCACAACUCCCAGGCAGCCAGCUUCAUGACACGCACUGGGCUGCAGGUGCACUUCGUGAGGAGUGACUACCUUGUCAACAAGGAGACCAUGCAGAUCGACACCCCUCAGGCAGUGGGAGCUGCAGGAAGUCCAGUCAGCGCGCCUCACCACGCUAUGACAAACAGCACACCUCAUAAUGUGAUUACUAACAGCGCGCCUCAGUACGUGAUGACUAACACGAGUCACCUCGUUUAUGGCAGCACGCCCUGGGCGCACAUGCUGGCCCACCCAAAUUCGCACCUGGUGAUAUCAACAUCCGCACACUGGGCCACAACCAGGGGCACCGGCCCCGGCAGGCACGCUGCAGCGGUGCAGACCGUGGCGCGCCACCUGGCGGCCAACUUCAAGGGUGAGCGGGUGUUUGUUCGCGCAUCCGUGCCCGGCCACCCGCAGUGCCACCUGGCGCAGGGGCCGUACAGCGAUGCGCUGUAUGCACAUGAGGCCAGCUGGCACAACUGGGGCGAGUUUGCUGCUCACAACGACGCAUGGCGGAACGCGCUGAGAGCUCUCAAUGACAGCAGGUUUGUGUUUUUGGAUGUGGAGCCGUUGACACGCGCGCGACCGGACGGGCACCUGCGGCCGGGGUCGCCGGAUUGCCUCCAUUAUUGCCUGCCAGGGGUGAUUGACUAUUGGACGCUGCUUCUCGCCAGCUUCUGGAUGUCCUGUCGAUCUUGA